AAACAAUUGAUUAACUGUUUGAUAAUUAAAUAUAUUUUUUAUUGUUUUACUACGUAUCUCAAGUAACAACAGUUAGAAAAUGUCGAGGAGAACGGCUCUGAGGCGAAUUAAAAGGGAAUUGAUCAGUAUCACAAGAGAUCCACCAGCUUAUUGUUCGGCGGGACCUAUCGACGACAACAUGUUUGAAUGGCAAGCUACUAUAAUGGGUCCACCCGAUAGUCCAUACGAAGGAGGUGUCUUCUUUCUCAAAAUUUUCUUCUCCAACAAUUACCCGUUUCAACCUCCUGGAAUUAAAUUUGAAACCAAAAUUUAUCAUCCAAACAUCAAUAUAAAUGGCAUCAUUUGUUUGGAUAUUUUAGAACGAAAUUGGUCUCCAGCGCUGACCAUUCCCAAAUUGCUACUUUCUAUAUGUUCGCUUCUUUGCGAUCCGAACACCGAAGAUCCGUUAGAUGAAGAAAUCGCCGAAUUAUACGAGAGAGAUAAGGAAAGAUACAACAAAAAAGCGAAAGAAUGGACUGAGAGAUACGCAACGGAACAUUGAAAAUUAUUUUCCAUUCGUCGUUUUCAUUCUAUUUUUCUUCAUAACGCAAAAACAGCCUUAAAUUUAAAAAAAUUUAUCAUAAAUCCGGAAAUCUCUACAAAAAUACGUUUAUUUAUGCAAAAUUGUAAUAAUUAUAUGAAUGAAUGAGUUAAAAUUUGUGCAUAAACAAAUAAAUGACAAU